UCCGACAGCACGUGAAGGCACAGAAACUUAAUCUGACGUCACAUCAGGAAGUGUUUGCAGUGCCCAGGCCAGUCGAAGUGUUGUGCUGAGGUUUUUACCGCUCAUUUCACAUCCGAAGUUACACCGUGUUAUGUCGUGAGUAGGUUCAACCUGGUCCUCAAAGGAAAGCAAACCGCCGUCGGACAUGCAGGCAGAGAAGGAGGAUGAGGACGAUACAAGUCCUGAAGAGUGCGUUGCGCUGUCCAGUUUCACUGGAAGUGGCAGCGACCAGCUUAGUUUCAGCAGCGGGGACAAACUGCUUGUGCACGCCAAGACUUCGUCAGACUGGUGGUGGGCAGAGCUGCAGGGGGUCAGAGGUUAUGUCCCUGCCAGCUACCUGCGCCCGGGUGCUGCUGCUGAGGAGGAGGAGGAGGAGGAGGAGGAGGAGGAGGACACCUCCCUGGAGGACCCAUGGCAGGACGAAGAAUACUUCGGCAGUUAUGGGACGCUGAGACUUCACUUGGAGAUGUUGUCAGACAAGAGUCGCACCGAGGCGUACCGGCAGGUUAUUCUCAGCAACAGUGCUUCUCUGAAGAAUAAGGUGGUGAUGGACCUCGGCUGUGGUACUGGCAUCAUCAGCCUGUUCUGCGCUCAGCUUGCACAACCCUCAGUGGUGUAUGCCGUGGAGGCCAGCUCCAUGGCAGAGUACACCAGACAGCUGGUGAAGCAGAACGACUGUGAGGAGGUGGUUACGGUGCUCCAGGGGCGAGCUGAGGAGAUUGAGUUGCCUGAGCAGGUGGACGUCCUGGUGUCCGAGUGGAUGGGUAAUUGCCUGCUGUUUGAGUUCAUGGUGGAGUCAGUCCUGCUGGCCCGGGACCGCUGGCUGAGGGAAGGCGGCGUGAUGUGGCCCUCAUCUGCGGCUCUCACCCUGGUGCCAUGUCAGGCCAACAGCUAUUACGCAGAGAAAAUGGCCUUCUGGGAACGGCCUUAUGGCCUGGACUUCACUCCUCUUCAGCCGUUGGCACAGCAGGAGUUCUUCACCAAACCCAAGUUCAGCCACCUCAUUGAGCCCAGUGACUGCCUCACCGCUCCCUGUGAUGUCAUCCACCUGGACAUGUACACUCUGCAGGUUGAAGACCUGGAGGAAAUCAAGGGUCAGUUUCAUUUUUGUGUGGAAAAGUCUGGUGUAUUCCAUGGAUUCACUGCCUGGUUCACUGUUCAUUUUGAGAGCCUGGAGACGGGAGGCGCAACAGUGGAGCUACACACCGGACCUAACUCUGAGCCGACACACUGGAAGCAGACUCUGUUCAUGCUUGACAGGCCGGUCCGUGUGUAUGCAGGAGACUCGAUCAGUGGAACCAUUGUCCUGCGCAGGAACCCCGUGUGGAGACGCCACAUGACCGUUACGCUGCACUGGAACGUGAACAGCAGCACAGAGGAAACAGACAGCUGCCAGGAUGGAGCAAAGAGUUUCCCAAUGUGGAGGUGACAAACUCAUACCGUGUCCAUCAGCGGCAGAGAUCCACAGAAAACUAGUCUAAUACAUCCUCUGUUACGUUUAGG